UUGCUAGGUGACGAGGCGUAUAUACUGAAUUUUAACAAAAUAACUGGUGAAAGGGGAAAGAGGGAGGGGAGAGAGAGAGAGGUAGUCAGCAACAUGUAGGCUCGCUGAGUAAAGAAAAGGUCGACACUGUGUAUCCGUGCAACAUUUAAAUAUAUAGGCUACACAACGGGAGAUAACCCGCAGGAUAUGGCCAGAAGAGGAAUGGAUGUAAUGUGGAUGGAGAGACGAGGGGAGAAGAGAGUGUCUUGCUCCUGAAAAACAGUCCUUCUUCUUCGCCUGUGAACCACUGACGUCGCUGCUCUGCCCACCAAACUGCCCCCCACCCCCAUGGCGGCCAAGCCCGCCCUCUCCCUCCUGUUGGCCGUGCUGGCCUGCACAGGGCCUGCCCGCUCCUCCCCUCCCCUCUUGCUCCGCCCCCGGGAGAGAGAGAGGGACUUGGGCGUAGUCAACAUUGCUGUGGUCCACUCGGGCUCCUCCCUGCUCCCAGAGACGGCCGCUGCUGGGGGAACGGGCGCCACGGGCGGGCCGGUGGGGCCUCAGGGGAGGGGGGCCUCGUCGUCAUUGGCUACGGUGGCGGUGUCUGCGCCGCUGGCAUCUGCGUCGGCGGCUCUGGUGGGCGAUAGUGUGAUGACGCAGUAUGGCCCGGCCAACGUGAUCUACCUGACGGUGAACGAGAGCAGCCCGGCGAGCCUUCUGCUGCAGCUGUGUGAGCUGCUGGCCACCACGCCGCUCCAGGGCCUGGUGUUCGAGGAGGAGAGGCCCCCGCCACCCAACCAGGCUCCCCUGGCCCCCAUGCUGGAGUUUGUCUCGGCCCAGACCGGAGUGCCUGUUGUAGCCGUGGGAGGAGGGGCCGGCCUGGGCAGGGAGCCACAGGUAACUACCUGGCUGUGA